AUGGAUACGGACCUUGAGGUCGAUCUGACCAGCAAACCUACUCUGGUUCGAUUCGUCAUCGAAGACCUAAGCCCUACGGAAUGGCAAGCCGAGCAUGAGCGUGUGCGAGCCGAACUUGGUGAUGAGGCCUACCUUGCUCUUCGGGAAUCUGAAUUCAAACAGAAGUCUGAGAGUGUCCUCAAAAUGAUUGUCACUGGCCAGUGGAAAAUUCCGUCAAUUAAGGGUAGUCAGCAGCCCGACCGCAUAAGUCUGGCAAAUGGACGGGAAUUCCGUGUUGGAGUAGCACAAGGGGUCCCCGAGGACAUCAGUGAGGCCAUGUAUGCUUCAUUCGAGAACGAGGGCGAGUUCGAAGUCCCCGAGGAGUGGCUGGAAUUCGAAGUGACUGCAGAAGAAUUGGCAAAGGAAGAAAGGCAAGCAAGCGAGGAAAGAUUACGGAAAGAAGAGAAGCACAAGCUCGAUAUCUUGGAAGGCAGACUCUCACUCAGAAACUUCGGAAAGGGUUGUUUGACGUCAGCGGAGAGUGAAAGCGAUCUGGAUAAGGGCAAAACCUGA